GACGCGGCUGAGGCGCAGCGGGCGCCGCCAUGGGCCGUUUGGAGCUGCUGCUCGUGGAGAACUUUAAGUCGUGGCGGGGCAGCCAGGUCAUCGGCCCCUUCAGGAGGUUCACCUGCAUCAUCGGCCCCAACGGCUCCGAUCCGCAGGCCUGGAAGCUCAGUUCCCUUCUUGAGAGUCAUUGGUGACCUAGAGACUGCUUGGUACCACAUAAAGCCAGUCGUGGAUUAUUUCAGCAUUGCCUUCAAUACCAUCUCUCCACAACAGAAAUUUCUGGUUUACUUAUUACUGCAUUUUGCCUAAGCUGUUCACAUUCUUCUUGCUAUAUAAAGGCCAGAACUCAAUAUGGAAAAUCUAAUGUAAUGGAUGCACUUAGUUUUGUAAUGGGAGAGAAAACAGCUAAUUUAAGAGUGAAAAAUAUUCAAGAACUUAUUCAUGGAGCUCAUAUUGGAAAACCUGUUUCUUCUUCUGCAAGUGUAAAAAUUGUAUAUGUGGAGGAAAGUGGAGAAGAGAAAACAUUUGCAAGGAUUAUUCGAGGGGGAUGCUCAGAAUUUCGUUUUAAUGAUAAUCCUGUGAGUCGUUCUGCUUACAUAGCAGAGUUGGAAAAGAUAGGUAUUAUAGUCAAAGCACAGAACUGUCUAGUUUUUCAGGGAACUGUAGAGUUGAUUUCAAUGAAAAAACCCAAAGAAAGAACCCAGUUUUUUGAGGAAAUCAGCACUUCAGGAGAGCUUGUAGGAGAAUAUGAGGAAAAGAAAAGAAAGUUACAGAAAGCUGAAGAGGACGCACAGUUUAAUUUUAAUAAGAAAAAAAAUGUAGCUGCAGAGCGAAAACAUGCAAAGUUAGAGAAAGAAGAGGCAGACCGUUACCAGAGUCUCCUCGAAGAACUGAAAAUGAACAAGAUACAACUGCAGCUUUUCCAACUAUAUCAUAAUGAGAAAAAAAUCCAUCUUCUGAACACUGAGUUAGAGCAUGUGAAUAGGGAUUUGAGUAUCACAAAAGAGUCUCUUUCUCAUCAUGAGAACAUAGUUAAAACCAAGAAAAAGGAACAUGGAAUGCUAACUAGACAACUACAACAAACAGAAAAAGAAUUAAAAUCUCUUGAAGCACUUUUAAAUCAGAAGAGACCUCAGUAUAUUAAAGCCAAAGAAAACACUUCUUACCACCUCAAGAAAUUAGAUCUGGCUAAGAAAUCAAUAAAGGACAGUGAAAAACAAUGUUCUAAACAGGAAGAUGACAUAAAAGCCCUGGAGACAGAGCUGGUUGAUUUAGAUGGUGCAUGGAGAAGUUUUGAAAAGCAGAUUGAGGAGGAAAUCUUACGUAAAGGGCGAGACAUUGAACUAGAAGCCAGUCAGCUGGAUCGUUAUAAGGAACUUAAGGAACAAGUAAGAAGGAAAGUGGCUAUAAUGACCCAACAACUGAAAAAACUGCAGUGGGAACAGAAGGCUGAUGAAGAAAGACUGGCAUUUGAAAAGAGGAGGCACAAAGAAGUUCAGGAAAAUCUAAAACAAGUAAAAGAACAAAUAGAAGAUCAUAAAAAACGAAUAGAGAAAUUGGAGGAGUAUACAAAAACAUGCAUGGAUUGCUUGAAAGAGAAAAAACAGCAAGAGGAAACCCUAGUGGAUGAAAUUGAAAAAGCAAAAUCAAGAAUGUCUGAAGUUAAUGAAGAGCUGAAUUUUAUUAGAAAUGAAUUGCAGAAUGCUGGAAUUGAUAGCCAUGAGGGAAAACGUCAGCAAAAGAGAGAAGAAGUUCUGGAACACCUUAAAAGACUUUACCCAGACUCUGUGUUUGGAAGACUACUUGACCUGUGUCAUCCUAUUCAUAAGAAAUACCAGCUGGCUGUUACUAAACUUUUUGGUCGGUACAUGGUUGCCAUUGUUGUAGCGUCUGAAAAGGUAGCAAGAGAUUGUAUUCGAUUUCUGAAGGAGGAAAGAGCUGAACCUGAGACAUUCCUUGCUCUAGAUUACCUUGAUAUCAAGCCAAUCAAUGAAAGAUUAAGGGAGAUUAAAGGCUGUAAGAUGAUGAUAGAUGUCAUAAAGACUCAGUUUCCUCAGCUGAAGAAAGUAAUUCAGUUCGUGUGUGGGAAUGGCCUUGUCUGUGAGACUGUGGAAGAAGCAAGGCAUAUUGCAUUCAAUGGACCUGAAAGACGGAAAACAGUAGCCCUUGAUGGAACUUUAUUUUUAAAAUCUGGAGUGAUCUCUGGAGGGUCGAGUGAUUUAAAAUACAAGGCUAGAUGCUGGGAUGAGAAAGAGUUAAAGAAUUUAAGAGACAGAAGAACCCAGUUAGUCCAAGAAUUAAAGGAUUUAAUGAAGACACUUCGCAAGGAAGCAGAUUUGAAACAAAUACGCACUCUAGCACAAGGAACUCAUACACGACUCAAAUAUUCGCAAAGUGAACUGGAGAUGAUUAAAAAGAAGCAGCUUGCUGCUUUUCACCGGGAACAAUCUCAGCUACAAAGUGAACUACUAAAUAUUGAGUCUCAAUGUGCUAUGUUGAGUGAAGGAAUCAAAGAACGACGACAAAGAAUGGAAGCAUUUCAAAAAAAGAUAGAUAAGGUUGAAGAUGAUAUUUUCCAACACUUCUGUGAAGAAAUUGGUGUGGAAAAUAUUCGUGAAUUUGAGAACAAACAUGUUAAACAGCAACAAGAAAUUGAUCAAAAAAGAUUAGAAUUUGAGAAACAAAAAACUCGGCUUAAUGUCCAACUCGAAUAUAGUCGCAAUCAGCUGAAGAAGAAACUGAAUAAGAUCAACACAUUAAAAGAAACUAUCCAGAAAGGUGGAGAAGACAUUGAUAACCUAAAGAAGGCUGAGGAAGAUUGUCUGCACAUUGUAGAUGAACUCAUGGCGAAGCGGCAGCAACUUAAGGACGUGUUUGUCACUCAGAAUUCCAACAUUGAGAAAAUCCAAGCUCAACUUGAAGAGGAUCGGAAGAAGUUUUUGGCUGUUGAUAGGGAAGUGGGGAAAUUGCAAAGAAAGGCUGUAGUCAUUCAAACGUCUCUGGAACAGAAACGGUUAGAGAAGCAUAACAUGCUGCUUAACUGCAAAGUUCAAGACAUUGAAAUAGUUCUUUUGUUGGGGUCGUUGGAUGACAUCAUUGACGUGGAGUUGGGAACUGAAGCAGAAAGCACCCAGGCAACAAUUGAUAUAUAUGAAAAAGAAGAAGCCAUUGAGAUAGACUACAGCUCCCUAAGAAAGGAUUUGAAGGCUCUACAAUCCGAUAACGAAAUCGAGGCCCACCUUAGACUCCUGCUACAGCAAGUCGCAUCCCAGGAAGACGUCCUGUUGAAGACAGCGGCCCCAAACCUGAGAGCCGUGGAGAACCUAAAAACUGUCAGAGACAAGUUUCAGGAGUCCACAGAUGCUUUUGAGGCCAGCAGAAAGGAAGCCAGAAUGUGUAGGCAAGAGUUUGAACAGGUGAAAAAAAGGAGAUAUGAUCUUUUCAGCCAGUGUUUUGAGCACAUCUCAAUCGCAAUUGAUCAAAUCUACAAGAAGCUCUGCAGAAACAACAGUGCCCAAGCAUUUCUUAGCCCAGAGAACCCAGAAGAGCCUUACCUGGAGGGAAUUAGCUAUAACUGCGUGGCCCCAGGCAAACGGUUCAUGCCAAUGGACAAUUUGUCAGGGGGAGAAAAGUGCGUGGCAGCUUUGGCUCUCCUGUUCGCUGUGCACAGUUUUCGGCCUGCUCCAUUCUUUGUUUUAGAUGAAGUGGAUGCAGCCCUGGACAAUACUAACAUUGGCAAAGUAUCGAGUUACAUCAAAGAGCAGACUCAAGAACAGUUUCAGAUGAUAGUCAUUUCCCUGAAAGAGGAGUUCUAUUCCAAAGCCGACGCGCUGAUAGGCAUCUAUCCGGAGCAAGAUGACUGCAUGUUCAGCCGAGUUUUGACCCUAGAUCUUUCUCAGUAUCCAGACACUGAAGGCCGAGAGAGCAGCAAGAGACAGCGCGAGUCCCGUUAGGACCUCAAGGGCCCUGGCACAGCUGCCAGCUGUAGGAGCCAACAGGACAGUCACAUAGUGUCAGGUGAACCAUUGUUUAGUACUCACGUUAAUGUUCGAACAGCUCUUCAAUAACAAACUCCUGGAGCGAGAAGACAGCCCGUGUGCCGUUACAGCGUAAUGGUUACCAGCCAAAGAUGCUGCGGCUCACUUCCCCGGAAGGGAGUUCAGACCCCGUUCCAGUACGCCAAGUUUCCUGUGAGAGUUAGCUUUGAACGAGUUUUUACUUUUCAUUUUUUUUUAAAAAAAGGGUACAAUUUUGUGCCAUAGUUUUAACUUCUAUUUUGAAAGCCAGUCAGAAAAAUUUUGACUUCCGCAUCUUCUCCCUGACCUUGCCUUGUACUUUUAAGUAAUCUUUAAGGGAAACUCUUGGUUUCUAAAUAUACUAGUUAUAGGGUGUUGAACCUGAGUUUUAUGGGAAAUUAUUUUAGAGAAACUAAUGUUAAUAUUGAAAGUAUCAAUAAAACAUAAAUAUUCUGUUUUCAAAUGUCUCCAAUCUAAAAUUUUAGAAACUAAAAAAAUUUUAAAGUGAAA